AUGAGCAGCCCCGAUGCGGGCUACGCCAGCAGCGACGACCAGGCGCAGGGGCGGUGCUCGCUCCCCACCAUGAUGCCGGCCAUGGGCCCCUGCCCGUGGGCAGAGUCGCUGAGCCCGCUGGGCGAGGCGAAGGCGAAGGGCGAGGCGGCGCCGUCGGGGCCGGCGGGCGGCCGGAGCAAGAGCGAGGCGCGGAUCCGGCGGCCCAUGAACGCCUUCAUGGUGUGGGCGAAGGACGAGCGCAAGCGGCUGGCGCAGCAGAACCCGGACCUGCACAACGCCGAGCUCAGCAAGAUGCUGGGUAAAUCGUGGAAGGCGCUGUCGCUGGCGGAGAAGCGUCCGUUCGUGGAGGAGGCGGAGCGGCUGCGGGUGCAGCACAUGCAGGACCACCCCAACUACAAGUACCGGCCGCGGCGGCGGAAGCAGGUGAAGCGCCUGAAGCGGGUGGAGAGCGGCUUCCUGCAGCACGGCCUGGCGGAGGCGGCGGGGCCCGGGCUGGGCAGCGAGGCCGGCGGCGGCGGCGGCAGGAUGUGCGUGGAGGGUCUGGGCCUGCCCUACGCCGAGCAGGGCUACGCGGCGGCGGCGGGCCACUACCGGGACUGUCCGCCGCUGGGCGCCGCCUUCGACGGCUACAGCCUGCCGACGCCGGACCCGUCGCCGCUGGACGCGGCGGAGAGCGAGGCGCCCUUCUUCGCGGCGGGGCUGCAGGAGGAGUGCGCGCUGGUGCCCUACGGCUACGCCCCGCACCCGGCGGCCGAGUACCCGCCGGCGGCGGCCGAGAGCCCGGCGGGCGCCGCGCUGCGCCGGCACCUGCCGCCCGGCGAGGCGCUGGGGCCGGGCGGCUCGCUGCAGGGGCUGCUGGGCUGCCCGGCGCCGCUGCACGCCUACUACGGGCAGGCGUGCCAGCCGCCGGGCCCGGGGCGCGGCCCGCCGCCGCUGCCGCCGGGGGCGGUCGGGCAGCCGUCGCCGCCGCCCGAGGCGGCGCCGUGCCGGGAGCAGCUGGAGCACUUGCCGCAGGAGGAGCUGCUGGGCGAGGUGGACCGCACCGAGUUCGAGCAGUACCUGCGCUUCGCCUGCAAGCCCGAGCUGGGGCUGCCCUUCGCGGGCCACGACGCCGCCGGGCUGCCGGCGCCCGAGGGCGCGGGGCCCAUCUCCUCGGCGGUGUCGGACGCCAGCAGCGCCGUCUACUACUGCGGCUACCCCGACGUGUGAGGGACUCGCUCGGGGCCGCGCCACGGACUGGCAGGGAGGCGCCCCGCCCCCCUCCUAUUUAUGUAAUUUAUUUGAAUCUUGAGAACUGACAGGGUAUCCGCGACCUGCUCGAGGUUUAAAAGGCGAUGCGCCGUCUCGCUGUCCAGGCGGUGCGGGUCUUUCCAUCGCUGUCCGACAGUGACAUGUAAAACUGUUCCUGCUGUGGAAUCGUGAUACUAAUUACACACCUGGGAUACAAUUUCUGAGAUCUUGUUAAAGAUCCAUAUGCUUUUGUAAUGUUGUACAGAGUGCUGGGUUUUAUAUGUUGGAUUUGUACAGAUAAUUUUGCACUUUUACAAAUAAAGGGAA